ACGCUCCACACUAUCGAUCAGAGCAAUCCGAUCACUCCCUCGUCUCCUCUCCCCACUUCCCUAAACCCUAGUCUCCGACGGUGCACCUCGAACCCAUGAGCGGCGCCAGGGCCGGGGCCGGCGCGGGGCCGUCCUCGCCGGCAUUGCGCCUCCGCGGGGAGGACGGGAGGGCCGAAUGGCUGCGUUUCUACGACCGGGUUGAGGCGCAGGUGGAGGCGCUGGCCACCGACCGCGCGCAUCUGGGGGCGACAAGGGGUGAGGGGGAGGAAGCGAUACUUCCGGCGGACAGGCUCGCCGAACUCCAAGAGGGUGACUUGGAGGAUGCCAAAGUUUGUAGAGGUCUUCUUACGCUACGAAACACUGAAUCUGAUUCUGAGGAAAUUCAAGAUCGUCCAGAGCUUGGUGAAAAAACCAGGGAUCAUGAGCAGAGUGUAAAAGCGUCCAGAGCAAACCUUAGAGAACUAAAGGGAGUUUUUGAGACCCUGAUGUCACAGAAGGAUAAGGAUGUUUAUUCAGUAAAAGAUGUUCUUUUUAAUCAGUUAAGGACAAUGGAAAAGGACAAAAUGCUCUUUGAGAACAAGAAAUCAGAGGCGGCACAAGCUAUUGAAGAAGCAAAGAAGCUUCAGCAGAAUGUACAAGCGCUGCACACCACAGCCCAAAACAAGGACGAUGAGAUUGUCAGACUCCAAGCAGAAGCUCUUGUGGCUCAACAAAAGCUACAUGAAAUGGGUUCCUUGCUGAAGGAGAAAGAUGAGGUUAUUGAAAAACUCCGUGCAGAAAACAUUGGAUUACUUGCUGUAAAGGAUUUUGUUUGGAGCCAGUUCCAGAUAAAGGAGCAGGAAUAUGCUAUGCUUCUUAAGAACAAGGAAGUAGCAGCAGCACAAGCUACUGAAGCAACACAAAAGCUAGUAAAGGAGAAUCGCAAGAUGGAAGCAGAAGUUGUUGAUUAUGGAAACAAGCUAUUGAUUAUAGAGGAUAAGCUAAAGGAGAUGGGUUGCUUGGCGAAGGAGAAAGAUGACGAAAUCCAAGAACUUAAAAAUCACCAACCUGAGAUCACUAGUCUGAAGCGCAAGUGUGCCUCUUCCUUAUCAAAUGAGACUAGUAAAAAGCGCAUGAUGGAUAUCAUUGGGAUGCAUAUAACUUGUAUUGGGCGAUGCAAGUCUGGCAGACUGUGUUUUGGACAUCGCAUGAUGCAAAUCUUUGUCAAGGUCACAAAUAGCAGGACUUGCACUCUUAAGGUCAAGAGUUCAAAUAUGAUCGAGGAUGUCGAGGCUAUAAUGCGUGAUCAUCAUCUAGAUGUGCAGGGUCUUAUCUUUGCUGGCAAGAAGCUGGUGUAUGGCCGCACCCUGGCAGAUUACAACAUUAAGAAUCUGAGCACCCUACAACUUGUCCUUCACCUGCGUAUAUCUGUCAAGAUGCUGAAUGGCAAAAUCAUUGAUCUUGCCGUUAAGAGUUCAGAUACCAUCAAGUACGUCAAGGAGAUGAUUCAGAGUCAGGAGGACAUUCGUUGGGGUGAGCAGGGUCUCAUCUUUGCCGACAAGCGGCUGAAGGAUGGCUGCACCCUGGCAGAUUAUGACAUUGAGACUUCGUGCACCUUUGAGCUUGUCCCUUUGCUGCGUCUGAGAGUCAAGAAGCUGAACAAAGAGAUCAUUGAUCUUGCGGUUUUGAGUUCAAAUAAGAUCGAGGAUGUCAAGGAGAUGAUUUAUCAUCAGGAGGGCGCUUCUUCGUGCAUGCAGUCGCUCUUCUUUGCUUCCAAGCACCUCGAGGAUGACCGCACCCUGGCGGACUACAACAUUCAUAAGGACUGCACGUUUCACCUUGUCCUGAGCUUCUCUUGGGAUAGAGUGAGAGUGAUUUGUAUCAAGAUGUCGACUGGCAAGACCUGGUUUGGUGUUGUUAGAAUUGGAACCACGAUUAAGGCUGUCAAGGCGUUUAUUCACAAGGAUGAGGGGAUUCCCCCAUCCCAGCAGCGCCUCUUCUUUGCCGGGAAACCAAUGCACAAUGACCGCAACCUGGAGAGCUACAUCAGCGGGGAUUGGAAAGUCAUCGUCAUUCACCUUCUGCAUCUGCGCGUGCUGCAGCCUCGUUGGAUUAUGGACAGGGCGCGCAGGCUGCUGAACAAGCCGGAACCUGUGCAGGGCUGUCUGUAAUGCGGUGUGGUUCAAUUUGUGUCGAUGGAGUCUAACCGAAGUCGAACUUAGAAGUCUAUUGUAACUUUGUCAGAAGUCGCCCGCAUGCAGUUUGUGUCAAUGCAGCUGACUGUUUGUGGGCUAGCUUAGGGUUUGUCUAAUGGCUGGUUCGUGUUAGCUUAGGGUUUGUCUUUGCUGGUUGGCCGAACAGUGUUGGCUUACUCAAUUGAUCGGAAACUUGGGCACAUGUUGCAUGAGACCUACUGUUUAAGAUCAUCCCUAUUUCAUUGGCAAUCUAGACCAGUUCUCAGGUUCCUCAA